AUGGGAAUGCUCAGGCUGCAAAACCGUUUGCUUUGGCUGCUGAGCCUUUUCGGUGUCCUGCUCUUUCCAAACCUGUUGGCCAAGGGACAGACGCGAUACUGGUAUUAUACCUGCCAUGUGAUUAUAGUGCAAACUAUUUUCAUUUCGAUUGGUGUAAUGAUAAUCAAUAUGCCGUGGGUAUUGAAUUUCGCUCCCACUUUGGACAAAACAUCGACAUUUGUGCUUAUUGUCGCUUACUGUCACUGGCAUAUCAUUAUAACUUCGAUUGCCUUGCACAGUGCCUUGAACAAAAAGAACUAUGAGCAGAUCGUCGAUACGUUGAAAGCCAGUGACUUAAUUUAUUCACUACUGCAAGCUUUCAAUAACUAUUAUGGGCAAUUUUUCCUAAAAAUGUGUAUGACAGCGUUUGUUAGGUGUUGUUUGGCGUUUUAUUUUCUCUUUUUGGCCUCCAAAGACUUGGCCAUUGUUAUCGAAGUUUUGAAAGCUUUGUGCUUGUACACUUGGUGGCACUGCACAAUCAUAUUCAUACUCUUUAGCAUUUGCAACAGUGCAACAACGGCGGUCAAUGAAACUGUCCUAUGCAUGCGAUUUUUUCAAGACUGUAACAUUGUCGACAGUAAAAUAACACGUCAAAUAAAUCGGUGCCUGUUAAAAAAUCUCCAUAAAAAGAUGGCGUUUCGUGCUGUUGGAUUUUUCGAUGUCAAUAGGAGAACUAUUCAUAUGGUUCUUAGCUCCGUGAUAACGUAUUUCGUUAUAUUAAUACAAUUCCAACAACUGGAUUCCGCAUGA